AUGCCGCAGCCGGCCACCGCCCCGUGGGGUCUGGCCAUCACCGACAGCGACUUUCGGAAGCUCAAGGCCGGCCUCCAGGUUUAUAGCAUGGACGAUAGAUGGCAUGUUUCAUUCACGGAGCAGCGCAAGAGCGACACCGUCACCAUCCACAUCGUUCGUCACGGGAGCUACGAACUCUACUCGAUCGUCAUCAAGCCAGGUGACGGCUGCGCGGUAAUCGAGACCAUCAACUGGGCGCAGGACCAAGGCGGCAACCGCAUCACGGAGGGGAUAGCCAAGAUGCACGUGGUGAUGUUAACCAGACGUAAUAUGGAAUGCGAGUUCGAGGGGCUUCCCGACUGUGACUCGGAGGACUUUUUUGACGAGCCUGCUCCCGGCUCUUACGACACGCCCAACUUUCUUUCCAACGGCACCAACACCAACGGCACCAACGGUACCAACGGUACCAGCGGCACCAACAGCAUCAAUGGUACCAAUGGCACCAACGGCACCAACGGCAACCACUGA